AUGGCUGCGGUGCAGUGGUAAGAUUCUUCUUUCCUGAUUAAAAAACAAAGUUUCAUCAAUACGAGAUGGUAAAAUCGUAUUUUGGGGAAAUAUUGUGCAAAUCUUGUAAAUGUGCAUGCACUGUUAAUAUGUGAAUCUUGAUCUUAGCUGUCUUGUAAGUUUUCUCUUCGACAUUAUGAGUUGUUGUGAUAGCUGUGAUCCAAGGCCCUCCUUAGCUGUGGUUGUAUUUGUAGAUUAAAUGUACAUGAAUGGCUUUGUCGCUAUAUGUCAGCCCAUUGCACGACGAGUGAUCAGUCCAGAGUGUCCUGUGCCUCUUACUCAAUCACAGGCGGGUUUAGGAGCCAGCUACUCAUGUACACCAUCACCACCUUCAGUAAACAUAAAAGUCAAAAUAUCACCUCUGUGAUCAUGUCAACAAAACCUGAAAAUGUAGCCUCCUGAAAGGGUAGUAGUUAUAGUAGUUCUAGGGUAACUGAGAAAGUAAAGAAGUAUGAUGAGAGGAUCAGAGUUUCAGUUCAGAUUGUUGAAAUGUAUUACUUUUUUUAUUUAAAAAGCUGUGAAUAUUCUGAAUCACUUAAUGGCAUUCUCAUGUUAAAAUGUUUUUUUUUCUUACAAAACAGCAGUUAUAUGCAAUAAUAAUAAAAAGAAUUAUUGUACCUGUUGAAUAGUGUAUGAUACAUAAAAAUACACGUGGAUGUGAAGAAAUGACUGUUAUUUAGAAAGAGAGAAGGUGAGGGAGGGCUGGGGUGGGGGUUGUAGGGAUACAACUCAACUUACCCUAUGGUCAACUUACCCCAUGCACGGGGUAAGUUGACCAUAGGAGACCACUUUUUUGUCAUGCUAUAUUAUCAAGACAGUUCUGUUUACACUCAUUCUGUUGGUUUGCACGGAUGCACAACAUCUUGAAAUAUAUCAGAUACACUAGUUAGAGACAAAACUAUGAUUGCCUUGAUGUAGUGAUCAGAAAUAUGAAAAAUGGCUCAUCUUACCCCACUCUCCCCUAUACCUUUAACUUUGAUAGUCUUCCAUCUCUCUAAUUUUUUUUUUUAACUAAUAAUUUAUCUGUAUCAUUGGCUGAAAUUUGCCACCACAGACCUUCAUCUUUGUGUUUCAGGCAACAUAAUAGAUUCUAGUGAGACAUAAUUGGAGUAUUUUAAAUUUCAAAAGCAUUGAAUCAGUGAAUUUAUUUUUAGCAACAUAUCUUUUAUUAUGAGUAAACAAAGAGUAUGCUCUCUGGAGGUAGGUUUCUGGUGUUGGACUGAGUUUCAAUGCACUUGGUAGAAACAGGUGUGUUCAAGUUUGUCUCCUGUCUGUAUGUUACGUGAAAAGGCGUUCCCGCAUGCGCAACUAUGAGGCGGAGCUGCAGAGAUGCCGCCCUGAAGCUGCUCUGGUUGAGUUUGGAGACUACCACCCACUGAAGCCCAUCAUGGUAGACCAUCUUCUGUUGUCCGUUCUUUUUACCCCAUGACAGAAAACAUUGUCACACUCUGUCAAAAUAUCACAGCAUCAUACAUCUCCUCCUUCCUCAUCAAAUUUGAAUAUGAUCUUUUUGUUAUGUGAUACAAUUUACAUGUGGAAAGUUUUAUUCAGUUCUUCUUGCAUUUUAAUGUAACUGCUAACUGCUCUGACUCUCUUCUCUUCCCAGGUGACGGACACAAAGACCCGCCGUGGGGCUCGCAAAGGCAGCACCUCCUCAUCUUCAUCCUCGUCCUCCUCUGCGCCUGCAGACCCCCUCAGCUCCAUGCUGGAUGGGACUGACCCCCUCUCCAUGUUUGCUGCAGCCUCUGCCAGUGAAGCCCCCGUCAUGUCUCACAGUGCCUCCACAGGGGUCAGCUCACCAUUUAGAAAAAAGAAUUUAUUUUAGCUCAAAUACUGUCCCACCUUUAUUAGAAGUUAUACACAAGAAAUGAGGAGACAGUGUCCUUAAGGUUGUUGUUCUUACAGGACCUGGGGAGGAAGAGGAAGGAGAAGAGUGAAGAGGCAGUGGGGCUCGACUUUGAGCCCUGGUCUGCAAAACGAGGAGAGAUUUUAGCAAGAUUUACCACCACUGAAAAGCUUUCGAUUGUGAGUCAUUUUCUUUAGAUGUGACGUCAAAAUAGUUCAGUCUGUUCCUGUAAACAGCCUCUGUGUACACAGCCAUGCUUAAUAAGAGAGUAAUUAGAUCUCAUUUCUGUUUUUCCUCAUAGAAUCUUUUCAUGGGCUCAGAUAGAGGUAAGACAUGUGUUCAUAGUUAUCUUUUUAACUUGAAUAAUAUGUGCAGCACUGUAAAAGUAAACUGUGAUGUGGGUGUACUUACUCAAAAUUGAAAGUUAGUUUUAUAACUUUAUAAGUUGGUAGUAUAUCUGUGUUGUUUUAAAGCAUUACACCCUUAAGUAAGCAUUAAAAAACAAUGAUGAGCAUUUUCAUGUUGGAACUUUGCUAAUUAGCUUCUGUUGCUGCUGCAGGUAAAGCUCCAAGUCCAGGAUCAUCAGCUGUUUCAGAGAAAGUUCGAACUCGCCUCGAGGAGCUGGACGAUCUGGAGGAAGUAUGUUUUUGCCUAUGGGAACAAGUUUAUACAUGUCUGUGUCUGUGCAUGUGUGUCUGUCUGAGUGUCUGUCUGUGUGUGUGCUCCGAUACAGUGAGGCAGAGUGUGGCACUGUUACUGUCAGGUUUAGAGGUUUAGCCACAAAUAAGAACAUUUAUUUUAAAAUCCCGUACCCCUGCCGCCGACAUACAUCAAUUGAAGAGGCUGUUUCUUUCUUCACAUGUACAAACAUUUUCACCUACCAAACUGCAGCACUAAAAACAUCAUAUAAUAAGCACUGACUUGUUUGGUGUUGUAUUUGCAGGGUUCCCAGAGAGAGCUGCUAAACCUUUCCCAGCAGGAUUAUGCAAACCGCAUCGAGGAGCUGAACCAGUCCCUGAAGGAAGCCUGGGCCUCAGAUCAGAAGGUCAAAGCCCUGAAGAUCGUCAUCCAGGUGAUUUGACUGAGUCAUGUGGAGGAAACUGUGGUCUCCUCUUUUGGGAAAUGCAAGUGCUGAUCCGUGUCUUGUAUUUCAGUGCUCUAAGCUUUUGUCCGACACCUCAGUGAUCCAGUUCUACCCGAGCAAGUUUGUUCUCAUCACUGAUAUCCUCGACACUUUUGGUGGGUACAGAAGCUCUCCCUCUCUCUCUUGCUUUGUUCAAUUAAAACAACUUUACUCACUUACUUCUAUUGUAUGUCUUUGUAGGUCGGCUUGUGUACGAUAGAAUCUGGACCAUGUGCUCAGACCCAAGACCUCUACCAGGUGCAUAUUGGAUAUUACCUGCAUGGCUUGUUAUUAUUCCCAUUUCUAUGGCGCUUCACACUCUUGAUUCACGCAUGUAUGUUUUAUGUCUCUUGUCUCUGGUUUGUCCACUUGGUGUCCUCCCAUUUCAGACUCGUUCACAGUCGACGAUGUGAACGACACAGCCAAGGAGACGUGUCUUAACUGGUUCUUCAAGAUCGCCUCCAUCAGAGAACUUCUGCCAAGAUUGUAUCCUUCAACAGCGUCAUUAUUUUGGUCAUUUUCAUAGCGUGACUCAGAAAAGACACACUCUACGUCUCUUUGACCUCUGUGAACAGAUACGUAGAAGCUGCCAUCCUCAAGUGCAACCGCUUCUUGAACAAAUCGUAAGUUCAGAUCUAAAUACAGCCAAUUCGACUUUCUUGUUAAAUAUUCUGCUUUUAUUUAUUUCCAUAUUUGUUUUCCUUAAUAUGUAAAGUGUGUAAUCGUGGCUUUUCUACUCUUAAUCUGAAUGACAUUUGUGUCUUAGAUACAAAAAAUAGGAAUUAAUCUGUUACCAUGGACCUUCUUAUAGUCCCAAUAACACAGCUUUGUUUUUUUGUAUUUCACAGCGGUAUCCAAGAGACACUUCCUCGGUUAACAGCCAUGAUCAGAGGGAUUGGAGACCCUCUGGUGGCAGCAUACACCAGAGCUUACCUCUGCAGGGUGAGACACGAUCUCUAUCCUGCAUUUUGUACUUUCUUUCCUGUCACUUAGAAACCUCUUAUCUGCUGGCAAAUUUUCACGAAAUGUAGGCGGUAAGAAAUAUGGUAUAAGAAUAUUGAAUUUCCUUUAAGAAUCUACAAAAGUUCCUUUUUUUGUUUGUUUUUUUUUUGUUUGUUUUGUUUUUGCUCGAACCAGCGAAUUUAUUAAAGUGACUUAUCCAGUACCCUAUCAGAAAAAUCAAUAAAACAACUGAACACAACAACAAAAAGAGGCUACUGGACCACAAGAGAUAUAAAAUAUAAAAUAACAUCAAUAAACAACUGCAAGAGCUCUUAAAGAAACUACAAAAAGAUGCAGAUAAAAAGCUCAGACAUGCACAAGAACUGGAGAAAAAUACCUAUUGAUGAUUGAAGGAUGCACACAAUAUACAUCAUAUACAAUACUGAUAGGCUAAUAGGCUAAAACCUCAUGUAAACAACUUAACUUAUCAAUAACAGGGAGAUGAUACAAAGGAAAAGAAAUACAGUGCAUCAAUGAAUAAAGUAUUUCCAGCUGUAUUACGUGUAAAGAAAAUAAACCUUUUAUCACGAGUAGAUCUGCGAACACACCAACACACUCUAACAUAUGUAUGAUGACACUUUCAAUCUUCUAGGAGGUGAAUUUUGACGUUCAUGUCUUUGUAAUUUUGGGUUAGGGUUAGGAAUAGCAAAUACCCAGAAAGAUAGAUUAUAAUUGCAAUUACAUCAAAUACUCAGAGGGACUAAAGCGAAAACAAAGACUUAAAAAAUGAUGCAAAACUUCAACAGAGACUCAAAUGGCAAAAAUCUGCAGAAAACUACUGGAAAUACAAAGCCUCUACUAAAGAGCAACAAAUCUCAAAGAGAAAUAAAUGAGACAUAAGGCGAUAACAAACACGCAAAACCACCACAAAGAUACACAUUUGAAGACAAAGACAUCCAAAUGACUUUUUCAAAGUUCACCACUUCCAUUUGGUUUUGACAUCAGAAGUGAACAAAUAAAAGCCUUCACUCCUCACUGUUGUAAUGACAGGUGGGCAUGGAAGUCGCUCCUCAGCUGAAGGACAGCCUAAACCGAAACUUCUUCGACCUGCUGGGGACCUUCCGGCAGAUCAGCGGGGAGAGUGUUCAGAACCAGCUGGUCCAGCAGAGGGUGGAGGUGCCUGAGUACUUGACACUUUACUCACCCGCCAUCAACUGGAUCCUGCAGUGCAUCGCCUACAGAGCUCCAGAGGCAAGCGGCCACACGUUUCUGAUGUCUUAUUUAGCUGGAAACUGAAUGAUUGUGAAACUUUGCAGCUUCAAAAAGGCCAGGCUCAGUUAACAGCGCUGUUUGUGUUUCUGUCAAGGCUUUGCUGACGGAGAUGAUGGAGCGCUGCAAGAAGCUGGGGAACAAGUGAGUAGAUUGUAUAAUAAGUUGAGUUUAAGUGGGUGAUGGUGAAGAAAAUGUCCCAUAAGAUAGGGUUCCGAUGUAAGUAUGUAAAGUUUGGAAAAGUAUGGAAGUAAUUUGAUCAAUUUCCAGGUCUUAAAUGGUAUGGUAAAUGAAAAAUAAAGUAUGGAAAAAUAUUUAGGUUUCCAGACAAUUACCACAAUAAAAAAAUACAGUUUUCCUAAAUAGAAAAGUAGGUCUUUCCAAAAAUGAUUUUAAAAAGUAAGGUAUGGAAAAGUAUGGAAAUUCCAACUGUGUAGGAACCCUGAUGAGAGCAACAGUCUUACAACUCCUCCUGGGGGAAAUGGAUGAUAGUUCACAACCUCUACUUAUACAAGAUCCAUUUUAGAGCUCAUUAAAAAAUAAUCAAGAAAAAGCAGCCUGAGCAACUUGUAAAAAAACAUUUUGUAUAGUUGUUGUGUAUUCUCAAUUUAAAGCACCAGUAGGGAACUUUAAGAGUAAGUUGUGACACAGUUUGGCUUUAUUUUCAAGAGGUUAAAAGUUAAAAAGAUUUGGAAGUACUGAUUAAAACUUAAGUUUGUCCUUGUUUCCUGUAGCACCCUGCUGCUGAAUUCAGUCAUGAGAGCGUUCAGGCCGGAGUUUGUUGCAGCCAGAGCCACGGACUUCAUCAGUAUGAUCAAAGACUGUGAUGAAGCCGGAUUCCCGAAGGUCAGAGGGCAUAAACAGUAGAAAGACAGUGAUCUGAUGUGAUUCAAAAGUUCAUUUUUGUCUGUGAUUUUGAUGUCUUUGUGAUCGUCUCCUCUUCAGCAUUUGUUGUUCGGGUCUCUUGGUCGCAGUCUAGCCUGCGCUGACCCUCCAGAAUCGGAGAGGCUUACAAUCCUGAAUGAAGCCUGGAAAGUAGUCACCAAAGUCCGCAGUCCCCAGGUACUGAGAGACCAAUUCAGCUCACUCGCUCAUGCGUCACUCUGUUUAAAAUCGUUAACGUAAUUUGCCUUGUGUUUUUAGGAUUACAUCAACUGUGCUGAGAUCUGGGUGGAGUUCACCUGCCGACACUUUACAGUGAGUACACCAGAGGGCAGAUGAGGAGUCUGGACACUUUUGAAUGAGUGGAAUUCAAAUUUUGCGUGACUUUCUUCCUUUUCUGUCAGAAACGUGAGGUCAACACUGUUCUGGCUGACAUCAUCAAACACAUGACCCCUGACCGGGCGUUUGAGGACGCAUAUCCUCAGGUCAGCAGCUCAUUGGCUCACAGGAUCAGACACAUCCUCCUCAUCCUGCUGUCAGCUCUGUACUGACUUGCUCUUGUUUUGUUUUGUUUUGUUCUUCAUGCAGCUGCAAUCCGUGAUCAGGAAGAUCCUCACCUACUUCCACGACUUCUCCGUCCUCUUCUCCAUGGUCAGCGAGCACGACAUCAGAAUGAUAAAACAUUUGCUGUAUGAAUGAAUCACAGUUAACUCAUGUGUCCUUUGUCUUUUUUUUUUUUGUUCCCCAGGAGCGCUUCCUGCCGUUCUUAGACAUGUUCCAGAAGGACAGUGUGCGGGUGGAGGUCUGCAGAUCCAUCAUGGAGGUCUUCAUUAAGUAAGACAUGAUGGGAUUCAUUCUCAGCUGUAGACACAUCCCUGAAUAUGUUCUCCCAAAAGUCCUAAAGAUACAGAUCUGGUCUCUGUGAUUUUUUUUUUCUCCUGCAGACAUCAAGUGGAGCCGACUAGAGACCCCGUCAUCCUCAAUGCAAUGCUGCACAUCUGCAAGACAAUGCACGACUCUGUCAAGUAUGCUAUUUGCUAUAUUUGUGUGUGAGGGUUACACUUUGAUUGACUUCUGUAUAUUCUUAUAUGUCCAGUAGAUCAUUAGUGAGAUUUGAUAUUUCACCGAGCAGCAGCUCUCCUGGUCUGUCCGGUCAAAACUGUUAGUCAGUUUCUUAUCUGCUUUCUGUAUUUCAGUGCUCUCACUCUGGAGGACGAGAAGAGAUCUCUGGCGUUGCUGAUCAUCGGCUUCAUUCGCAUGGUGAGACCCCCCAUACUUGAGUCAAAAAAUUAAGAGGAGUGUCAUAAAACAACCCCGAUCUUUAAAAAUCUGUGAUACAAGAUGUGUAAGACGUUGAUAACAGCAUUUGGUGAUUGCCAAAGAUUGAAACUGAAACAUUUUAUUUUUUGAGGACAACAUAUAUGCUCAUUUUUAAUUUGAUUGGUCUGGACAAGUACAGGGUUUACCCUUGUGUUGAAUCACCUCUUCUUUGAACAACACUCUGUAAUUGUUCAAGAAACAGUUUCUGUGAUUUUGAAGAUAAAUGUGGCGUGAUUUUAGAUUUUUGCCCGUUAUAAGAUUUUAGCUGCUCGUCAGUUCAGGGUCUUGUCUAUUGUAUUGAUUCAUAUUGUCCUAAAUGACGUCAUUGAGUAACAAUGCAGGACUGCAGUCAGGCCUGUUAAGCACCCGCAUAUGUUGCAUGAAAACCUGUAUAUCUCGUUCAUUGUAAAUGGAACCUUUCCAUGCCAUGAGUACUUAAACAACCCUACACCAUCACAGGUAUAAAGGCCCUUCUUAUCAGGCUGCCUCUCUACUUGAGGAAAUGUCUGUUUUUGCUUGUGCAUAAUGUUCAGGAAGAUGUUCUUAGUGGAGAGGCUGUGAAUGAAUACACCUUUGUAUCUUUUCUGUUGAUAUCAGGCAGCAGGGCUGCAUAAUGAAUAAUAGAUUGACCUGAAUAAACCACACGGUGGUGAGAAAGCACAGUGUGGUUGGUUUCUGUAUUUUAAUGAUUUUCUGACAACAAUGGAGCCGUCUGACACCCAGGACAAAAGGUUCAACACACUUUGGAUGGGUUAAUAUUGUUGUUUUGAUGAAAUCCCACAGUGAAUUCUCUAUUUUUCCACCUAAAGCCAACCAAGAUGACAUCGAGCCAAACUGUGUGUGAGACGUUAAAGGUUAAAAAAGUGAACUGUAUAAAAAGUAUUAGUGGAGCAAACUGCCUCUUUCCUGUUUCAUCUGACUUGUAUGUGUCUGUCUUUUCUUUUCUGUCUUCAGGUUUCUUUUGGUCGAGACUUUGAGCAGCAGCUCAGUUUCUGUGUGGAAGCCAGAGCAACUUUCUGUAACCUGGAGCCAGUGCUGGUGCAGCUCAUUCACGUCAGUAAAAAACUGUGUGUUUUUGUGAACUAGUGUGUGGUAUCCAAGUUUAAAGGUGGACACCCCUUUAGAUGCUCUCCUUGUCCUUUCCAGACUGUGAACCAGCUGGCGAUGGAGACCAGUCGGGUGAUGAAAGGGAGUCACUCCAGAAAAACUGCGGCUUUUGUCAGAGUGAGUGAAACACGCAGCAUCUGAUCCCUGCAGACCACAGAGAGAAAGUUAUCCCUGCACUGACUUCAGAUCGCUCAAUCUCUGAUACUUCAGGACUGUUAUUGUUCCCUCUCCUCUAGGCGUGUGCUGCUUACAGCUUUAUCACCAUCCCGUCACUCAGCAGCAUCUUCAGCCGUCUCAGCCUCUAUCUGCUGUCCGGUCAGGUCGCGCUGGCCAAUCAGUGUCUUUCUCAAGGUAAGCAGCUGCUACUGUUUGACAUUGUAGUCAGGAGUAAAAUUCCUGAUCACUUUCAGGGGUUAGAAGAUGAGAAUACAUGACGAUGUUUCCCUUUUACCUAACAUCUUGGUUUUGUUCUCCUCAUCUUUCCUAUCCUCCUUUCUUGCUCUUGUUUCCCUCUAAUCUAAUUUUUCUCUUCAUUUUCACCCUGAAUCUUCCCUCUCUCUUUCCCUCCUUUGCUUCACUGUACUUUACCUCCUGGUUCUUGCCCUUGGUGCCUGCUCUUCCUUCCUCCUUCCUUCCUGUCUACUGUGAAUUGUUUUACCCCUCUAGCGGAUGCCUUCCUAAAAGCAGCAGUCAGUAUCCUCCCAGAGGUCCCUCGCAGCAUUAGCAUUGAAGGGAAGCUUCGCUCCUCUGAAAGCUUCCUGCUGGACUUCAUCAACAAUUUCCUGGCUACACUGCUGGUCGUCCCGGUAACGUCACUCCUUCUUGUCACCUGAUGUGGGUUCGAAUCACAAGUAGAUAAAGCGAAGAGCAAAGUUACAUUUAUAAGAGUGUGUUUGAUUGUGCUUGCAGGACCAUCCAGAGCAUGGCGUGCUGUACCUGGUCCGAGGUCUACUCAACAUGGUCCAGGAUUACACCUGGGAGGACAACAGUGAUGCUAAAGUGCGGGUCUACGUCAGCGCUCUAUCGCUGCUGGCAGCUAUGAGCCAGGAAACCUACCUCUACUCCAUCCCUAAAGGUACACACACGAAUGAAUUUGCGAUAAAUGAAAGAUUCUGAUUUAUUCCUGUCUUGAUCACUAAAAUGAAACCUAAACCUCACUUACAAGAUUUCAGAUAGUUCACCUCUUUUAAGUUAGUUUAACCUCUUGGGGUUUUUGUCGAAGUAACUGUUGAGUUACUGUUGAGCUACAGAUUAACAAACUCUUCCCCUCUUUCCUGAUCUCAGUGGACUCCAACGAGACACUCUAUGGAGGUGAUCCCAAGUUCUUAACCGAGAUCAACAAGCUGUGUGAGACUCUGAUCGGACAGAUACUAGACCACCUGAAGACUCUUGGUCGGGACGAGGUGAGAGAGAGGAGUUUGUUGUCCUCGUUUGCUUUUAUUUUCCUGAGCAAUGACAACUUCAGAGGUUUUCAUCAUUACCUCAGACAGCUUUGCUAUUUGAGUUGCUACUUGUAUUUUUUUGUAAUUUUUCCACCUCCAUGAAAAUAAACCUCAAAAACCUCAGUAUUAUUUUUGAUCAUAACUUACUACUGAAUAAAGACUCAGGCACACAAGUGACCAGUGUUGGUAAAAAUGAAAACACAGAUGUUAAUCCAGACUCAGGUUUAAAUAAGCUGUUCUUUCCGUAUCUCCGAGGUGGCAUUUAGGUACAGGAGGGAAAGUCCAGGCCUGCUCAUUAAUCACAUUGCACUGACAUGUUGUCCCCCUCGCAGCAGAGCACACGGCGCCAAGGCACUCUGGCCUUCUCUCUGUUCGGCAUCCUGCUGUCUCACGGUGAUCUGAGGAACAACAAGCUGAGCCAGCUGUCCGUCAACCUGUGGAACCUCAGCCACAAACACGGAUACUGUGAGACACGGAUCUCAGUAAGUCCACACACGAACACAUCAAACUGGGACACUUGAGUGUGCAACAUGUUGUGAACACACCCUCUCCCUUGCUGCAGGUUCGGACACUGGAGUGCAUCAAACACCAGGCUCAGCAGCCGGACAUGGCUCACCUGACAGAUACAGUCCAGAGGCUGGCACUACAAUCUCGCACAUGA